GGCGGGGCUCCCCCACCACCUCGCUGCCGGCGCCCCUCCCCAGACGGCCCUGCGCACAGCCAUGUGUCCAGCCUGGGUGCUGCUGACCGUCUGCAGCCUGGUCCUGGGCGCCACGGGGGGUCCUUCUCAAGCUGUUUCCAGGAAGCUGAAGCUGAAAACCACACUGGACUUCCUGUCAACGGCAGACCUGAGCCAGCGCCCGCCCAGCACAGCCCAGCGGAUGGGGAUGUCACUCGAGGGCCGGACGGCUGCGGUGGAGUCUCAGAGAUGCUGCCCAGGGCCUCGUGGGGCCAGCGCUCUGGGACAGCACAGCCAGCAACAGCGGCACCUGCUGGGGCGCUCUCGCAGGGGACGGGCCUGCCCAGCUGCCCCGACCCUGGGACCCAGCUGGGCCACCCAAAAGGAGGUGCCCCGCACAGGCAGGCAGCACCAGCCCCCUUUGGAAGAGGCUGACCCGGGGCCCCCAGGGUCUCAGGUCCAUGCAGAUCCAACCCAGACACAGACCCGGCCACACUCCCUCUGCCCACUCCCAGCGCCCCUCCGCCGCUCCACCACACGGAGAGGAGACCCUCAGGUGGGCUGCACGUGGCGCGCUGGGCGGGGGUUCUGUGUGCCGCCCUCGCGUCAGACAUCCAUUUCUGAGAAGGGCUUCGUGGGUGGACACGGCCUCCUCCAGGACCCUCGCUCAGAUGAGCUGAUGGGCUCAGACACCCUGGCAAGACCUUCCGCUGGGCUGGGCUGGGGUGUUGCCGCACUCCCCCCACCGUGACCCGUGAGCCAGGCGGCCACCGGGGACACGUGCCAGCUGCCUGACCAACCCCAGCUGGAGCCCGCGGACUGUCCGUGUCACCAACCCUGCGCCCAGCCCACUGACCCUCAUCCCCACCCCAAGCUCAAGGUUCAGGCCCUCCUCUCCACCCAUCAGCCCCACACUGGGCUCCUUGUCCCCCACGGGACGCCCCAGAUCAGCCCGAGAAAGCCUUCUACUCAAGCCGCUUCACCCUGUUGAACACACGCGCUGUUAUCCGCCCAAAAGUUGAGAUCUCCUCACAGCCAGGGACCCCAUGUCUCCCCGGACGGCAGCGGUCCACCCCAGAGCCUCAGCCCCGCCCACUCCUCCCCACGUGCUGCUCCACUCGGUCAGCGACAGAAAACAGCUGAGCUGGCCGCCUGCCGGGGACAAGCCAGCCCCGGUCACCUCUGCAAGAGAGCAUCUCAGUAAAACCUGGGAAGUCUCAGUAAAGAGGAGGCGUCUGCAAGCCAAAAACUCUCUUCCCUUCCUCCCGCCCCCAUAAUUUUAGAUCUCUCCUCAAACUUUAUUAUGUUAAUACACGAGGGGUCCACGACUGCUGCAGGAAAACUGAGAAUCAGAAGCCUGAGGUCAAGUCACCCGAGGGCCCAGAAGAAAAGUCCCCGCCCACUUGUGGCCCACACGCCUGGGGGCACUGCCCCGCGGCCACCUGCUGGGGACGAGCUGAGGGGCCAGAGCCAAAGGGCGGCCUCGAAGGCUGGGUGGAGGGGCCCUCUGAAGACCGAGGCCCCCCCCAACGAGGCUCAUCCUGGUCCCGGCGGCGUGUCCAGGUUUCUCGAACCGCGGGAAGUAACCGGGUCCUGAGAGGGGCCGUGUGGGCGCACACUGCGCCGCCCACCACACCGGCCCUCGGUUCUGAGCGCGGAGCCAACACGGGGGCGCACGGCGGAUGCCCUGGGGUGCGGGGCGGACGGGCGGGGGCCACGCUCCUAGCAACGCUUUCAUCUGCCUGCUUCUCUUCCAGACUCGUGUUCUCAGGUCCUUCACUCAGGCGUGAAGCCAGGGUUCCCCAAGACCAUCAAGACCGACAACCCAGACGUCCUCAGGGCGGCCAGACACAGCGCCGAGAGGUUCAACAACUGCUCCAACGACGUCUUCCUGUUCAAG